UUUCUCUGGUCACUGUUUGUCUUCAAAGAAAGACAAGCUGAGGGAGCGAGGGUUUUUUAUCUUACACUGAGUGGUCAUAGACCGAACAAGAAGAAGAAGAAGAAGGCGACGAGCAAUGGCUAUGGCAAGCGUGGCCAGACGGAAGGCUUAUCUUUUGUCGAGGAAUUUCUCCCCGGAGACUCUCAGGUACUCCCUGUCUCUUGCUUCUUUCUCCAGGGGAUUCGCUUCAGGAUCUGACGAAAACGACGUCGUCGUUAUUGGUGGAGGCCCCGGCGGCUACGUCGCCGCCAUUAAAGCUGCUCAGCUUGGUCUCAAGACCACUUGCAUCGAGAAGCGUGGCACCCUUGGUGGCACCUGCCUCAACGUUGGCUGCAUCCCGUCCAAGGCACUGCUGCAUUCUUCCCAUAUGUACCACGAGGCCAAACAUUCAUUUGCCAGCCAUGGAGUGAAACUUUCAUCUGUUGAGGUAGAUUUGCCAGCCAUGAUGGCCCAGAAAAAUAAAGCUGUGUCUAAUCUUACUCGUGGUAUUGAAGGUUUAUUCAAGAAAAACAAGGUAAACUAUGUCAAAGGAUAUGGCAAAUUUACUUCCCCAUCUGAAGUCUCUGUGGACACCAUUGAUGGUGGGAAUACUGUCGUACAAGGCAAGAAUAUUAUAAUUGCAACUGGUUCUGAUGUGAAAUCUCUACGUGGUGUUCCUAUUGAUGAAAAGAAAAUUGUAUCAUCAACGGGCGCUCUCUCUUUGUCGGAAAUCCCCAAGACACUUGUGGUCAUCGGGGCUGGCUAUAUUGGGCUGGAAAUGGGAUCAGUGUGGGGCCGACUUGGCUCUGAGGUAACUGUUGUUGAGUUUGCCCCUGAUAUUGUUCCAACCAUGGAUGCCGAAGUUCGAAAGCAGUUUCAGCGUUCUCUUGAGAAACAAGGAAUGAAAUUCAAGCUGAAAACUAAGGUGGUAGGAGUGGAUGCUUCUGGGGAUGGUGUGAAGCUGACAAUUGAACCGGCUGAAGGAGGUGACAAAAGCACUCUAGAAGCAGACGUAGUUCUUGUAUCUGCUGGUAGGACUCCAUUCACAGCUGGACUUGGGUUGGACAAGAUAGGAGUUGAAACCGACAAGGCAGGACGGAUUUUAGUGAAUGAAAGAUUUAUGACAAAUGUGUCUGGAGUUUAUGCAAUUGGAGAUGUAAUUCCAGGUCCAAUGUUGGCACAUAAAGCAGAAGAGGAUGGGGUAGCCUGUGUAGAGUACAUUGCUGGUAAGGUUGGCCACGUUGACUAUGACAAGGUCCCGGGGGUUGUUUAUACACACCCUGAGGUUGCAUACGUCGGGAAAACUGAAGAGCAGGUGAAGGCACUCGGCGUCAAAUAUUCCGUUGGGAAGUUCCCUUUCAUGGCUAAUAGUAGGGCUAAGGCAAUCGAUGAUGCCGAAGGACUGGUAAAGAUAUUGGCUGAAAAGGAGACAGACAAGAUUUUGGGGGUACAUAUUAUGGCACCCAACGCAGGAGAGCUCAUUCACGAAGCAGCCGUAGCCUUGCAAUAUGGUGCAUCAAGUGAGGACAUAGCACGUGUUUGUCAUGCGCACCCGACAAUGAGCGAGGCCGUGAAAGAAGCUGCAAUGGCCACUUUUGACAAGCCAAUUCACAUUUGAUUCUAUUUUGCCCAUCAAUUUUUACCUAGCGUUCCAAGAAGAUUCAGGUGUUUAAAUCCUGAUUGGCCCUUCAUUUACGUAUAUUCGUCAUAAUUUACUGAUAUGCAUAAUAACGUGAAUAACUGUGUGGCUUUUAUUCUCUUGAUACAAAUAUUUUUCUUACUGCCUGGA